AUGUCUCCCGAAGUAUUAAAGGCCCAGAGUUACGAUUGUAAAGUGGAUAUUUGGUCUCUGGUAGGAACGCCACCAUUACCAUCAGGAAUAUCUCCUGAUUUUGAAUCAAUUUUAAGAGAUUGUUUAAUAGUUGAGGCUGAAUGCCGACCUAGUGGGUUUUGGCACUCUAUAUGGAACAACCGUGUCACAUAUA